AUGCCACACCCGCGCAGUCCCUCCCUCCUCUCCCCGGCCAACUACGAUAACGAUGCGGCCUCCCUGCGAUCACCGUCGGAGCAGGACUCUGAUUCCGAUGACGACGAGUUCCUUCGUCACCCCCGCAGCACUCUAGAACUUUCCCAACACGAUCGAAGUGUCCUCGAAGAUGAAGAUGAGCUGGAAAAACUGUUGACUAGGAGUGGCCCUGCUCAUGGGUUGCGCAGGAUCUUCAGUCCCAAUGGGAGCAAUGUGCGCAUUGGCAAGAGGGAACGGCGACGAGCGCGCAAAGAGGCCCGGUUAUCGCGCCGGGAACGAGUUAGCGAGGAAGGAGAGUUGAUGUAUGAGAUGGAAGAAGGACUCGGGGAUGACGAGACCUCGUCCUUGAUGAGUGGAUCUUCGAUGGACUUGGACGGGAAAGAGGACUAUCUCUAUGAGCCGCCAUCCAGGCCAUCAUGGUACAGAAUAUUAUUCGUUUCCAUUAUCAUCGCCAUCCUGUUCCUCAUCCUCUUUCUGGGCGCGUACAAGGCCUCCAGCACCUACCGAGCUAUACAUCCACAUGUCCAGCCUCUCCUCUCCAACGGUACCUCACUAUUCGCGCCUACCACGAUACUGAUCUCGCUCGACGGAUUCCGGGCCGACUUCCUCGACCGCGGUCUGACUCCGGCCCUCAAUUCGCUGAUUGCGAAUGGUGUCUCCCCGCAGUACAUGACACCCAGCUUUCCAAGUGUGACCUUCCCGAACCAUUUCACGCUUGUGACUGGCUUAUACCCGGAGAGCCAUGGAGUGGUCGGUAAUACUUUCUGGGACCCUGAUCUCAACGAAGAAUUCUACUAUACCCAUCCCGCCGUCAGCAUGCAGCCCAAAUGGUGGAACGCUGAGCCCUUGUGGGAGACGGCAGAGAAGCAAGGAAUCAAGACUGGAAUUCAUAUGUGGCCGGGGUCCGAGGCUCACAUCGGUACUGUGGAGCCGAGCUAUGUGGAUAAAUAUAAUGGCACGGAGGCUCUGCCCCGUAAGGUCAAUCGGGUCCUCGAGCUCCUUGAUCUGCCGGGUCCAGAGGACGAGUCUGAUUUCAAACCGCUCCGCCCUCAGUUCAUCGCAGCUUAUGUUCCAGAUGUUGAUAGGGAUGGGCACAAUUAUGGACCGAACAGCACCGAGAUCCGAACCACCAUUUCCCAUGCCGAUGAUCUUGUGGCUGGGAUUGUUGCUGGUCUGGAAAGUCGCAAUCUCACUGACCUAGUUAACAUUGUGGUCGUGUCGGAUCAUGGCAUGGCUUCGACUUCAACCGAGCGUCUCGUUCAAUUGGAUGACGAGAUAGACCUCAAGCUCGUUGAGCGAAUUGACGGUUGGCCAUCUCGUGGCCUACGUCCGAAGCAGCCCGAGAAUAUGGAGAUGUUGGAGGAGCAACUAGCAAGGCUAGCCAAGAAGUAUGCAGACGCCGUGGAGGUCUAUACUCGAGAGACCAUGCCUGAACGCUAUCACUUCUCGAACAAUGAUCGCAUCGCUCCCCUGUGGGUAAUCCCUCGGACGGGCUGGGCGAUCGUUGAACGACCGGAAUUCGACGCUCAGAAGGCAUUGGAGACCGGGGAGGUCUAUCAUCCCAAGGGUAUCCAUGGGUACGACCAUGAACACCCACUGAUGCGUGCGAUCUUCAUCGCCCGAGGCCCUGCUUUCCCGCAUAAACCUAACAGCCGCCUUGAACCUUUCCAAAACAUCGAGGUGUACAACAUCCUCUGUGACUCAUUGGGAGUCAUUCCACAACCAAACAACGGCACGCUGCGUCUACCUUUGAGUCCAGUAGGUCUUCAUUCCGAUGAACACGCACCACCGCAGGUGCGGCCGUCCGAUCCUCCAGAGCCGUUAUCCGCCACGGUCACUGUGGGCCCCUCGGAGCCCACAUCCGCUGCAACGGACGCACCCUCAGCGACAGAGCCUGCCAGCGAUGAUGAUACAAACAAUGAUGGCAAGGCUUCUACCUGGUGGGGGACCAUAGCGGGGAAACUUGAGGACUUUAAGCAGUGGGCGGGACAGCUUUUCUCUGCUGAAAAGGAUAAUCACCCGCAGCAGCGGUAG